AAGCAGUAGAAGCACUAUAAGAAUGCUGGACCGCCAUUCGACAAUCAUCAAACAGUGCUAGCUAACGGCUAAGUGAAUCAAGUUUAUUUUAAUAAAUUCAACAGCAAAAUAUAUAAACACACAAUGGGUUGCAAGGCUUGUGGAACAAACUGCCAGUGCUCCGCCACCAAGUGCGGCGACAACUGCGCCUGCAGCCAGCAGUGCCAGUGCUCCUGCAAGAACGGACCCAAGGACAAGUGCUGCUCCACCAAAAACUAGAUACAGGACCCUUCUCGAGCUCAUCUGUGUGAUGAAAAACCCUUUGGCAUGACAACGAAAUAAAUACACAAUCAAUUGAAACUAAUGUUUAAAAUCAAAUCUUUAUUGGCCAUUUUGACAAGAAUAGUUCUUUAGUUAUUUCCCACAUUAGCUUUAGAAAUUGCACACCCAAUUAGCGUUCGAAAUUACAUUUAAAACACUUACACAAUGUACACAAUUAGUUCAAGUACACCGUGAGGACAGGACAAUCAAAUAAUAGUAUCCAAAUAUCAACAUUGUUUUUGGCGAGCUUCUCUCGUGUGUAUCUGUGUGUUGUGUGCUGUUUGUUUAUAGUUUUUGGGGAAUGUGUGUGUGCAAUAGCUUUCACAAUUAAACAUUAAAACUUUACGUACACAGUAUUACAUUUGGUUUCGCAAAUUGUGAGUACACAAAAGGAAAUCCGCUCCCGUUCGCAUUUAAGUGUUUCAAGUUUAUUGAAUUGUAUAUUUAUUUGGGGUGUACUUAAGUCUUAUAAAAUUCUUAAGGUUCACGUACAAAGCUAAGUGUAGUAUUGUGUUAUUGUUGCUGUUUACAUACAUAAAUGAUUAUGUUUACGAUCUCUCAAACAAACGUAAUAUGGUCCUCGUGUCUCUAGUAGCUGACUAAAAAGGCAAUCGCAUGUGGCGCAUUUGAAAUGCAUUGCAAACUCUGCCCUGAUGACUCAAACAAACAAGUUUCAAAAAAAUAUACAUUGAUUAGUUCAAAUUUUUGCGCAUUUUCAGCAUUGGAAGCCAAUAAAGGAUGGGGUUACAUAAAGCAAUUCAAUGUUACUUAGAUUAUAACUAAAAUUAAUGCAAUCAAUCCCUGCGUUGCUGCUCUCGUUGAUUGUUUUUCCACUUUCGUUUAACAUAGGCUUAGCACGCGAAGUAAUUUGUAUAUCAAAGUUUUAAAAAUAUUCCAUAAAAUUAAAAUCAAAAUCAAAAAUUUAGAUUCAACAAAUAGUUACUCACUAACUAAACCGAUUAUCUCGUCAGUAUCAUCUAAACGUAAUGCUUUGUCACAGACGAACAUGUCAUAGUGCACAAAUUGAAAUCAUAUGCAUACAUAUAUAAAAGGUAUAUAUAAAAAUAUAAAACAACGUGCGGACACAUUCCAAAGGUUUAUACAACACAGAAAUUCUAAAUGUUGCUUAAGUCAGACACAAUCAUAAUCACGAUAUAUAAUAUAGACAAUGUUCUGGCUGUGAGCUGAAGGUGUUUGUGUUGCAUGCAUUGAUCGGCUAGAUCUUAUUGUUGUUGAUGUUGUUCUUGUGUUUUGGCGUUUCACAAAAAGC